AUGAGGCUUCGAUUGUGGUCAAUUCUGUCCGCUUUCUUGGCUUCUACAGCAGCCCAGACCAUUAGUGGUCUGACCUUUGAUAGUCGAGAUGUUGUGAGCCUUAUAUGGGGGAUGGGAGAUACAUCUGCUGCAACUUAUGAUUUCUGGCUCUGUGCCGGAGAUGAAUCCACUGGUAUCUAUGAAGUUCUUGCGCGAGUCAUCGAAGGAGGAGUCUACGCCUCCGGAGACUGGGUGUCAUUUCGAGUCAAUCAAGAUGUGGGAGGAAACGACCCUAAUGCCUAUUUCUUGAAAGUCGUUCCGUCAACCUCGAACGCCAUAGCCGGCUUCACCUCGCACUUUACUCUCACCAACAUGAAGGGCACAUUCUCUCACCAAGUUGCUCUCGCAGUACACUCAAUGCAACCUGUUACGAUUGAUCUAAGCAGUCCGGAUGAACCACGCCUCAUUGAGCCCGCUGAGACAACCCCAAUAAACAACGGCACCGGGGUCCUCGAGUACCCAAGCCCUACAGACACCAAUGACAUCGAGCGAUCCGAGCUGCGCAAGCGUGUGGGUGCUGUUGUUGGAGCCAUUGAUCCUCAUACCAUUCCGUACGGGGAGCAAACUGGCAAGAUACGAUAUGCGCCGAUGCCGAAACGGGCAGGCACCACCAUUGCAAACAGACCUGCUACGCCUCAGUAUCCUCCCUUUCCGUUCACGAUCGCCACCACCUAUCUCCCCAAGGCGACUAUUGACUGGACUGAUACUGCUUAUGCGACAUGGACUGAACAUAGUAUCGAGAACACGGCCGCUCCGGCCGCCGCGCCGACAUUGAACAAGCGUAUGGAAAUUGAUCAUUGGAUGAAGCGUUGGCAAGAUUAA